AUGUUAACAUUACGAAUUUGCGCACGGUUUCGACCGGAUGCAAACACAUGCCGAUUGCAGUCAACAUUGGCCGAACAGAUGAAGCAAGCCAUUUCUGGAAUUAAUCCUAAAGAUAGUGAAGAAGACCAAAAACGAAUUUUAAAUGAGCAGCGAGAUAGUAAAGGUGAGCCAUUCCGUCCCGUGUUUUUGGGUCCGAAACGCAAAUUGCGCAUGCAGUUAAACAUCGAAAAGGAAACAGGCCAACUGAAAAUGCAGAGCUUACCACGUAGUGAUAUAUUUCAGCGGAUGAUGAUUCGUCGGCCGCGAAAGGAAGAAAUGAGUGUCGAACAAGACUGGCCAAGUGUUUGGCCAACAGCACGUUCAUUCCGAUCCUCCGUGGUACCACUUCCAGUUCGAAUGGGUGCUAGGAGGCAUCCCGAAAGGAGAGCACCGUUCAAAACGGAGGGUAAUUUGGAAUUGGUCAAAAUACCGAAUUUUCUUCAUCUUACUCCAGCAGCUAUUGAAAGGCAUUGUAACGCAAUCAAAAAAUUUUGUACAAAAUGGCCAGAGAAAUUGGAUAAGAAAGCAUGUCAAAAAUUCUUCCCGUUAACAGUAUCGUAUUGCGAUUACGUACAUCAGGGUAACUCGUUACGUGAUAUGCGUUCACGUGUCAUUAUUGUUCACCUUAAGCUAUCUGCAUUGCAUUUGAAUGAACAUGCUCUCGAUAAAUUGAUUCGACUAGCAGGAGAUAGGUAUAAUCCUGAAAAUGAUAUACUCACGAUUGUAACUGAUAGGUGUUUUACACGAAAACAAAACUAUGAUUAUGCUAUGUAUCUUCUUAUUGCUUUAUAUAGUGAAUCUUCUAAAGUCGAAGAUUGGGAAGUGAAGAAAUUUGAAGACAUCAGAUUGAUAUCACGAACCACGGAUUUCAAAGGUUCCAAAAUGGAAAAUGACUUGCAGCAUUUGCUCAUUAAUAUGAAGGAUGAACAGAGUAAUGAAACAAUUACGAGACAAAAAAUCGACUUGAAACUUGAGGAAUUUAGUAAGUCAUGGGAAAAAUAUAGAAAUAAUAAAGAAACAUUCGAAACAGUGCGAAGUUAUGCAGAAUCGAUCAAAAAAUUACUUGGGAUUUCUCAAUUAUCGGAUCAGAAGACUGUCAACACAUCGGCAUCAUAA